GAUGCGGUCUAAACAAUAAUAUUUACGCGAAAAAAAUCCGAGAAGCCCGGAGCCGGCCGGUGUUGGUUUGAGUUUUCAAUGAAAGUUAAAUUUCAAAAAAUUAAUAAAAAUAACACACAAAUCGAUCAACAGCUUCCGCAGAUGGAUGGUUCAAAAAAGAAGAAGCAAUAGAUACAAGAUACAUCUGCAAUUGUUUAUUAUCAUUGUGUUUUUUUCCGAAAAGAUUCUGAUAUAGUUAGUGAGUUGGAAGCGGCUCCUCUCAGCUGAGUUCCAGCGUCAUCAUCAUCAUUCUCAUCAUCAUCGGGUUUAUUGCUUGCUCGUCGAGUCGACCGUUUGUCAUUUAUUCAAAAUAAUAAACAUCCCGGGAAACUACGGCUACGACUACGACUUCGACUACGACUACAAGUAGAAAGACACAGGAAGAAGGAGAAGUAUCUCAUAAAAAUUUAAGGGGCAGCAGAUCUCUAAACUAAAGUCGGUGGUGUUGGGGUUACAGUACCCAAGACAAAAGACGUGGAUAACGAGGCAGGCGGCCACGGCCAACCCUCUCGAGAAGAAAAGAGCAGAGUGUGCGCCUGCCCUGCAGUUGGCAACAUACAACAGUAUAACACCAAGCACGGAGGUGGUGGACGUUGUCUUUCAACCAACUGCCGGCAUACUAGUUUCGGAUUCAUUCUCAACAACACCAUCAUCGUCGUCGUCGUCGUCUUCGUCGGAGUUUCUGUCGUGUUUUGUGGCGCUCGCUCGAAGUCUUUUUUUUCUUUUUGAAUAAUAAUUCGCCCUCUUUCACAAUAAUUUGUGAUAUUUCCACCCCAAGUGAUACACUUUUCCGUUCGGUGAAAACAAGCAAUCGGGAGCGGGGAACUCUGUGCGCGAUUUUGAUUAGGGCAUCUUCAUCCCCGUCUUCAUCCUCAGCGCUCGCUUUCGUCGUUCUUGCGGAACCGACCGACCAUCCAUCGACUAUUCUUCUUCCUCGGCAAUCUCGGUAAAGCAAUUCAGGAACACAAAUCUCGACUAGUGUUACAAGCACUCGAACAAGUCAGCCAGCAACAACUAUAGGACGCGGUAGUCUAAGACUCUAAGAAGCUAAAACAAGACAAAUUGUUGAACAUUUUUCAAAAAAAAGCAAAGAAAUAUUCAAUCCAUCGUCGUCGUCCGCUGCUGCCAACCAACCCAUCAGAUACAUUUUGGAUCUGUUCGGCUCCUCAGCCUCAGAACCAAUAUGAUGGGGACGAAGACGACGUCUUGUUGUUCUCGGGCUAUGAAUAUCGCGUUUUGUUGAAGAUAUCAUUCAAGAAAACUGCCAAAUAAAUACGUUACGCCUGGUGGCAGUGUCUCCAUCUGUCUAUGUGUCGGGUCGGAUUUUGUGUAUAUUAUUUUGUUAUUAGUUUUUUUGUUUUUGAUAUAUUGACAUCCUUAAUUCGAAUGCAUGGAUAAAUUAAUUGCGCAUGAAAGUCGAACUAAUUAAUGUUUAACAUAUGAGAGCAUCUAAUUCAAGCUCAAGUCCAAGGCGGCUGCUACGAAAACGUCUUCAAAAGCAACAACACCAACAACAGUGUAGCUGAUAAAUAUACUCGUAAUAAUAUUUAGUGAUAAAUUUAUUUUGAAUUUUAUACCAACAUCACCGUUAAUUUCUUCGUCCUCAUCGUGGCUCUCGUCGUCACUCGUGAGGUUAUAAAAUUUAACUAUUUCUUUUUUUGUCGGUUUGUUCAUAUUCAAGCGAUUAUUUGUGUGGUCGAGUUUUUGAGAUACGAAAAAAAUAUCUAAUCUUUGAAGAAAACCACAUACUUAUCUGACAUAAUGCAAUUUAAUAUUAAUUUUACACACUAAUAACCCAACGGAUAGUUUUUGAGAGUGUCAAAAAGUUUUAAUUGCAAAAUAAAAAUUAUACAUAAAUCAGCGUGUGGAAGUUUUCUUUUAGUGCAUAAUGUUGUUGUUAGAUUGAAAAGAGCAACAGCAGUCCAAAACUGUAUUUCACACAUAAAAAGUUUCUGCUGGUGGUUAAAAUAAAUUGAAAAUAUAAAAUAUAAGGAAGAAUUAAAGAGUGUUAGUUUAAAAAUUGUUGAGUGUUUUUUUUUAUCUGUUAUUUUCUUUUUGUGAAAUAAUAUAAUGAAACAUUUAAAAAAUAUUAAAAUGGCGUUCUGGACAAGAAUAUCAACAUUUGGAUUACUUCUGUUGCUGGUUUCGUGUUUUGAUUUCAUAGAUGGAGCCCUUCGGAAUGUCAGCCUUAUUGUCGAACCACCUGCCGUACGAAAGGGUCAACAUGCAACAUUACGAUGUUUAUACGACCUCAGUGGGGCUCCCCUCUACUCGGUAAAGUUUUACCGUGGACAAUUAGAGUUUUACCGUUAUACACCUGGUGAAAUUCCAAACACCAAAGUUUUUCCAUUUCCCGGGCUUUCAGUUAUUAUUCCCAUGUCAAAUGCCAGUCAAGUUGUUAUACGAAAGGUUGGUUUCGGUUUAUCCGGAAACUUUUCGUGUGAAGUAACAGCGGACGCACCACUUUUUUCAACAGCAACAGCGUUUGCUAAGCUUCAAGUUGUAGAAUAUCCUGAAAAACGUCCCAUGCUCUUUACCGAACACAAUCGAUAUGAGCCGGGUGAUGUUCUACGGGCAAACUGCAGUACUCCUCCAUCGAGGCCAAGAGCUGAAUUGAAAUUCACAAUCAAUAAUAUGGUGGUGUCUUCCGGAGAAACAGAAUACAUCAAGACGGUUGACAAUUUAAUGGCCUCGAGGAUAGGUUUAAAACUACAAUUGCAGGCCAUUCAUUUUACGGGCGGUAGUCCUUCGUUAUUAAAUGGUGGUAGCAGUGGUAGCGGCAUCAAUGGAGGUAGUAUAAAUGGUAAUCAAAUGCUGAAUUCUUUACACAACAAUCAGCUGGGCAGUGGUAAUCCAACUGGAGGCAGUUUGGUCCUUCGAUGUACAGCUCAGAUUGGUGACUUGUACCAGGAAUAUAAGGAAAUAGAGCUGGGGACACCGCAAAGGGAUCCAAUUCCAGCAAGAGUUACACUAUCAUCCGGGUCCGGCUUGAAAAGUUUCUUCAACUUGUAUUUUUCAUCGUCCUCAUCCUCACCAUCAACAUUGCAGUCAAAGUUGCUGGCAAUCAGUAUAGCUUCAGGUGUAAUUGGAAGUUUUCAUUGGCUGCAAUACAGAUAUAGAUAGUUAAAUUUAACUUUGAAUGCUUUAAAUUAAUGCGUAUUAAAAACAAAAUAAUAUUAAACAAAAAUAAUAAUGUAUAAGAAAACUAUGUUCAAAUGUGAGUAAAUAAAUGAGGAUAUGAUGAUUUUAAAAGAAAUAUUUAUUUAAAAUGAUAGAAGAAACUAAACUAAUUUUUCUAGAAACUUAAAUAUUACGAUAGCAAACAAAAAAGAAAGAAUAACUAUAAUGAUGUAUGUUCGUUGACUAAAUUUAAAUAAAACCUUAAAUAUUGAUUAUAUUUGAUAUAUUUAUAAGAUAGAUAUAUAAAUAAGUCACGUAUGUCUCUAGUUAAAAUAUUUUAAUUUAAAACAAAAUAAAUUUGUAUGUGAUUUAAUCAUAUUAAUUUUUGAAUUUGUGUGUAAAUAAAAAAAUUGCAAAUUAAUUUCCCACGAUGUUAUGAACAAAAAAUAAAAAAACAUUAUUCAAUUUAGAAGUUUUAUUGGCUUAAUUUAAAUUCAUGGUAAUAGUUGCAAAUAUAAAUUUUAUCUAAUGCAUAUAUUUAUUGUUUAAUUUAAUAUGUAAAUAUUUAUAUUGUAGGACGUUUAUUUUUGAAAAUGUUUUUAAGCCUCGACUUCUGGGUCGCGUCUUAAAAUAUAUUUUAAUUUUACAAAUAAAAAUUACAUAGUUUGGAUACGUAAUAUAAUUAAAUAAAUUUAAAAUAAAUUCUUUGGAUUUAAGGAAAUAAAAUAUUUAUUAAUGCCUUUAAAUGAAUUUUUACAAAAAUCUAGUAAAUAUAAAUUAAUUUAGAAUGUAAAUUAUAUCUUAAUCAUAUUAAUAAUAAUAAUUUAAUUAUAAUCCUUAAAAUUAUGUAAAUAAAUUAAAGAACACAAAAUAAGCAUUACCUAUGUUAAACUAUUUAUGUGUAAGUUUAUUAAAUAAUAAAUGAAUAAAAAAAAAAACAUUGUAAAAAUUUAUUAUAUAUUUGUUAAGCGUAAGCACAGAAUGAUGAACUAAAAAGAUAAAAAAUAAACAAAAUAUAAAUGUUUCUGUAUUUGAAAUAACCAAAACAUUUAAAAUGUAUAAGUGUAUGCUUUUGACAUAUUGAAAAUAAAAUUCGGAAAAAAAUAAAAAUUAAAAUCGCUGUAAAUUGCAUUAGUUCUGUGUAUUAA